GAGAAUUGAAUUAGUUGCGCGCUGGCAUUCAAACGGUUCGGUUCGGUUGAGCCGUUGCUCCUGCAAUCCGAGCAUAGAGGAAACACGCGUUCGGACCCGAAAUACCGGCGACGGGAGCGUGGUGGUACGUGUUUGUGUGUGUGUGUGUGUGUGUGAGUCGUGCGUUUGUACAGUGUUUAGGCUCGCGGUUAAUCGCGGUUCGGUAAAUGCGAUCGCGCCACAACACUUCUAUUGAACUUUCGUGCACCGCGUAACCGGGUAUGCGAACCUUUUUUUGUUUUUGUUUGUUUGCAUAGUUCUAGCAUUAAACCAAUCGAAAGUGCGGUUCGAAGGGAAAGUGAAUCAAUCCUCGAGGCCGAAAAUAGCACGUGCAAACACAUAUAAUUGAGCCAACCGAAGAAAAACACAGCCAAUCUCAAACUUAAACAGCAAACAGUACUUGGCACCUUGUUAGAGAGUGCGUUGGAAGUGUGCGUGCGUGCGUGUGUUUGGUUAAUCACCGACACCGUGUUGCUUUAGUGACAUGUUGAAUAAUUCGCUAUGCGUACGGUGAGAAGUCGAAGUGGAAAGAGCAUGAAGAUAAACUCCCAGGCUGCCUGGUGGCUAAAUGGUUGUGCAGAAUAAAAUGUGUGCAUUGUAGCAAGGGCCGGUCUGUUUAUGUUCAAUUUCUAGCGUGCCAUCUAGAUAACAAAUCACCGAGUGCGCGCCGUCUGUUAGUGUAACACAGCACAUUAAAUAAAAGCAACAAAAAAAAAACCCACACACACACACAAUUACCAACACUAAAGAUAAUGGGCAGAAGACUGUGAGAGUCUCAACGCAGCCGGUUAAACAAACGAUCCGAUUUCUAACCAAUCCACGGCCGGCCGCGUAAAGUGACUGGAGUUAAGUUUCAUCAACCGAACGACCGACCGACCGACUGAACGAACGUCCGUACGAGCGCCACAUCAACAGGAGCCGCAUACCGGGACGCGACUCCACCAUGAACAACAAUAGCAACAAAAUGCAAAUUCGAGAGUCGCUAGCAAUGGACGUGGACGGUACGACGGUGGAGAGUAGCCGGGGCUACCUAAUUACCCGCAUGACCCUGCUGGCGACGGUGGCCAUCUUCGGCUGCCUGCUGCUCGGCUCCGGUCUGCUUAUCUAUCACUUUGCGUCGUGCGAUGAGCAUCAUGCUUCCACCCUGCACCAUACGACGCUGUGCGAGCAUCAACAUUCAACAUCGCACCAUCACCAGCAGCACGCACCGGCACCGAGUUCGGAUGGCAGUGCGUCCUCGACUACGCAAAAAACACUUAUCGAGGCGUCGACGAGCCGAGAGAAUCCGGGAGAAACCAUACCCGCCGGUGACAAUGUACCCGGUGACACUGGUGCAACAGGUGCCGAUGGGAUGGACCAGGGCGGACAGCGGGCGGAGGAUGGUACGGUUGCAUCAUCGGUCCGGGAGGACUUACGGCUCCCCCGAUCGAUCGAACCUGUUGCUUAUGACAUUCGGCUGAUACCGUGGCUGGUGGAGGAUAAUUUCACCUUCCUCGGUACGGUGGAGGUUCUCGUCAACGUGCUGGAAGAUUGUAGCAACGUGACGCUUCAUGUGGCUGCACUAAACAUUCACAGUGCCAGUGUAGAACGCUCUACUGGGAGGGGAGAGAAGCAGCACAGUGAAGAAGCGACUGCAGAUGAAAGCAGCGAAGGAGCGCCGUUGGUGAGGGAAAUGGUGGAAAUCGAUCAUAACCUUACGGUUGCUAGCAAGCAGUUCUACGUGCUUAUGCUGAAGACGCCAUUGCGGCGGGGCGAACAGUACGUCGUGCGGUUACGGUACGAUGGUGUCCUGAACGAUUAUCUGCAAGGUUUCUAUCGCAGCUCGUAUACAGCUAACAAUGAAACUAGAUGGAUUGCCACGACACAGUUCCAGCCAACGGAUGCACGCCGUGCGUUUCCAUGUUUUGACGAGCCGGCUUUAAAGGCACGGUUCAACAUCAGUAUCGCACGCACCCGGGACAUGAUUUCGCUCUCCAACAUGCCCCGGUUACGUUCGUACGAGGCCAGUGAGCCCGAACUGCAGGGAUACGUGUGGGAUGUGUACCAGCAGUCCGUACCGAUGUCAACCUAUCUGGUGGCGUUCGUGGUGUGUGACUAUCUCAACCUGACGUCCGGCAACUUCGCCGUCUGGGCACGGGCGGACGCUAUCGGAUCGGCACGCUACGCACUGAGCGUCGGUCCGAAGUUGCUCAAGUUCCUGGAGGACUUCUUUCACAUCAAGUACCCGCUGCCGAAGGUGGAUAUGAUCGCACUGCCCGACUUUAGUGCCGGUGCUAUGGAAAACUGGGGAUUGAUUACGUAUCGCGAGACGGCAAUGCUGUACGAGGAGAACGUAUCGGCGAUAAGCAAUAAGCAGCAUGUCAUUACGGUCGUUGCACACGAGCUGGCCCAUCAGUGGUUUGGCAAUUUGGUUACACCAUCCUGGUGGACGGACCUGUGGCUAAACGAGGGCUUUGCCAGCUACAUGGAGUACCUUGGGGUGGACGCCGUAGAGCCGGCCUGGAAGUCGAUGGAGCAGUUCGUGGUGAACGAGCUACACAACGUGUUUUCGCUCGAUGCGCUCUCGUCCUCGCAUCAGAUCUCGGUGGAGGUGCACAACCCGGAAGAGAUACACGAGAUAUUCGACAAAAUAUCGUACGGCAAAGGUGCGACCAUUAUCCGGAUGAUGGACCAUUUCCUUACGACGGAGGUAUUCAAACGGGGCCUGACCAACUAUCUCAACGACAAGAAGUAUCAAAGCGCUAGCCAGGACGAUCUGUGGGAUUAUCUUACGAACGAGGCACGGCGUGGUGGCAUAUUCGACGAGCACACGUCAGUGAAGGAGAUCAUGGACACUUGGACACUGCAGACCGGAUUCCCGGUGGUGUUUGUACAGCGCGACUACGAGUCCGAUAGUAUAGAGUUUCGCCAGGAGCGGUUCUCGUUUGCGAACGCACUGAACGGUACGGAUGCUGCUGCCCGGCAGAGCGAACGGUUUCUUUGGUGGAUUCCGAUCACCUAUACCACGCUGGGUGACAGUAACUUUCAGCAGACGAAACCAUCGAUCUGGAUGAAGGCGGAGGAGGCGCUAGUGAUCAAUAAUCAUGACAUACCGAGUCACGACUGGAUGAUCGUGAAUGUGCAACAAACGGGUUACUACCGGGUGAACUACGACGAACGUAACUGGCAGAUGAUCGUGAGGCAUCUGCAGGAUCGGAACAAGUACAAAACGAUCGCAGCCUCGAACCGUGCACAGUUGAUAGACGAUGCGCUGAAUUUGGCGCGCGCAGGCUAUCUGGAUUAUGGCGUUGCGCUGAACGUUACGAGGUAUCUGGUGCAUGAGACGGAUUACGUGCCAUGGAAGGCGGCUAUUGCUGCACUGAACUAUAUUGACUCGAUGUUCAUACGCACCCGCAAUUAUGGGUUGUUCAAGAAAUAUUCUAUGGAUCUGCUGGAAAACAUCUACCGCGAGGUUGGUUUUGAAGAUCAUCGCGAUAGCCCGCUGCUGACGGUGUACAAGCGAAUCAGUGUGCUGAAGGCGGUAUGUCAUCUCGGAAACAAGGAUUGCGUGAAUCACUGCCUGCGCAAGUACUACGAAUGGAUGCAUCAGCCCAAUCCCGAUAUAAACAAUCCCAUUUCGCCCAACCUGAAGAGCACCGUGUACUGUACCGCCAUCAAGUAUGGAGACGAAACGGAGUGGGACUUUGCGUGGGAACGAUUCCAGAAGGCAACGGUCGCCAGCGAGAAGGAAAUUCUGCUCUCCGCGAUGGGUUGCUCCCGGGUGCCUUGGAUUUUGGCCCGCUACCUUGAGAAUGCUAUGUCGGAUGAGUACGGUAUCCGCAAGCAGGACGCGUUUAGGGUGUUUAUAUCUGUGGCAGAUAACGUUAUUGGGCAACCCAUUGCGUUCGAUUACAUGCGCAAUAAUUGGGCGAAAAUGAAGAGCUACUUCGGUGCUUCGAUGUCGAACUUGAACAUUAUUCUUAAAUACUGCACCAAGCGGUUUAACACCGAGUCGGAGCUGUUGGAACUUAAGGAAUUUGCUGAAAUCCAUUUGAAAGAUAGCGGCCGCACGAUACAGCAGGCGAUUGAGUGGACAGAGUCAAACAUCGCAUGGCUAAACCGCAACGCACAGCCGAUUGUUAAUUGGUUGAAUGAACUUGAUCUGCAUCACAUUUUGUUUCUGGGUCGCGACAGUGAUCUUUGCACUGCCAUCAAACGUGAACUGAGCCUUGUUACCUUCCUGCUCCAGCUUGAUCUGCAUCACAUUUUGUUUCUGGGUCGCGACAGUGAUCUUUGCACUGCCAUCAAACGUGAACUGAGCCUUGUUACCUUCCUGCUCCAGGAAACUGUCGUGUCAAGGUGCUGUUGUACCAUGGAGCGUUUACAAAUAGUUAGUGUAUUACUUUUUGUUCCACUUGCGCUGUACUACCGUGUGGACGGGACCAGCUUAAGUUUGUUGCAAAAUGAAAAAGCAACUUCCGACAGCUAUCGAUUGCUGGCUGUAUCCGAGCCGUUGUAUUACGAUCUGUACCUUGAUAUGACGGAUGCCAACUUCUCUAACUAUGCAGGAUCGGUGGACAUCACUAUCAAAUAUACCGGAAACGGCUCAAUCUUUUCGUUGAAUAGUGUGGAUUUAGCGAUAAACGAAGAGACCCUUCGUGUCGAACAGAUGAAUGGAACCAAAGUGCCUCUGGAAUCGUUUACAGUUUCACGCCAGUUCGAACAGCUCUACUUCAAUUGUACUGAAAAGUUAGAACCUGGCGCAUCCUAUAAGGUCCAUCUAGAAUUUAAUGGCACGAUCAAGACAGAUAUUUUUAAAGGAGUUUACCGUAGCAGUUACCGGGUAGAUGGUGAGAUCAAAUAUCUGGCAACCACAUUCUUUGCCGCUACCUACGCCCGAACAGUCUUUCCGUGCUAUGAUGAACCCGGGCACAAAGCAAGAUUUAACGUCAAAAUUCGGCAUCGAUCGCAUCAAACGGCCCUAUCGAACAUGCCAGUAAUCAGAAACACAAUGAUCGAUGGUUAUAGCGAAACGACUUUCGAUACUACUCCCCUCAUGUCAACCUACUUGGUGGCCUUUGUCGUAUCGGAGAUGAAAACGCUAUCUUCAGCUGGUGAGCUGUUCCGGGUGUAUGCACCGGAAAACAAGGUCAACUACACGGUUUACGCACAUGACUUUGCGGUACGAGCAGUACGUGCACUGGAGAACCAUUUCGGUCGCCAGAACCAGAUGCGGAAAAUCGAUCUGGUCGGUAUACCUGACUUUGCGAUGGGAGCAAUGGAGAACUGGGGAAUGAUAACUUUCCGCGAGGACUAUUUGAUCUACCAAGAUGAGGAAGAAACCACAGCCUUAGCAAAGCAAAAGAUUGCAUCGGUUAUAACGCAUGAGCUGGUGCACAUGUGGUUCGGUAAUGAGGUGACUCCCGAAUGGUGGACCUAUGUCUGGCUGAAUGAAGGAUUCGCCAACUUUUUCGAAUACUACAUAACAUCGCAGCUUGAGCCAGCGUGGAGAUUGUGGGAUCAAUUUACCUUGGAUAAUGUACAUUGGGCGCUAUCCAAAGACUCGCAUAGCUCUGUCCGACCGAUAAAUUACUAUGCUACAGAUCCUGCAGUUUUGAAUGGAUUGUACGACUAUGUGGUGUAUGAAAAGAGUGCUUCCGUUAUACGGAUGAUACAGAACGUGAUUGGGUUCGAUACGUUUCAGCAGGCUAUCAAUGAUUACUUACGAUCACGCAGUUAUCUCACAACGAGGCCGCAGUAUCUGUAUACCAGCAUAGAAAAGUUCCAUACAGUCGAUCUUCCGGCCAGUGUUGAGGUCAUCUUCGAAAGUUGGGCCAAUACGCCAGGCUAUCCCGUUGUAAUGGUGUCUAUCGAUCGAACCACACGAACACUCACUGCAUCUCAGAAGCGCUUUUGGAUGCCGAACGAGAUCGAUACGCCACCCCAAAACAUGUUGUUUUAUAUUCCCAUGAACUACGGCUCCAAUGUACCCACGUCGACCGACUUCGAAGAUACAUCGCCUACAUUCUGGCUGACACCGCAGGAUCCUACGGCAACCGUCACCCUUGAGGCGGGAGUCGAGUGGGUCGUAGUCAACAAACAGCAGACGGGGUACUAUCGUGUGAACUACGACGAUGAAAGCUGGCAUAAACUGAUUGAGGUACUAAAUAGUGAUCAGUUUGAGGAUCAGCUGCCCAUAAUCAAUCGAGCACAGCUAGUAGACGAUGUGGCCAACCUUGCUCGGGCAGGUGAAGUGGGAUACGAUGUAGCACUGUCCCUGAUGCAGUAUCUGGAGCGUGAAACGGAAUACAUCCCAUGGGCCACGGCGUACAAUGCGUUGCUACAUCUAGAUCGGAUGUUCUCUAACCACAAAGAGUACAAUCGAUUCGAGAACUAUGUAGGAAGUUUAGCCUCGCAUGUGUUUAGCGAAAUGAAUCUAUUUGAUACUGAUAGCCAUCUGAACCGUUUACAUCGUGACAAGUCCGUUUACUUGGCGUGUUAUUUCGGUGUUGAGGCGUGCUUGGAUGCUGCAACUAAAAUAAUAAAAGAAGCACUUGCCGAUGAAACGUUAAAAAUUCCCAAAGAAGUGCAAAACGCCUUCUUUUGUGCUUUGCACAAAUAUGAUCUGCUCGUUGAAGGUGACUAUGGCGUAGAGAUUUUCCAAAAAUACUGGCUAGCGACAGAUCAAUACCAGCCGUUGAUGGAUAAGUUUAUUAAUGCGUUGGGAUGUUCCCGCAAUCUAGCCAUGAACGAGUUCUAUCUACAAAUGAUUGAAAUAAAUGAAACCGCACUUCCGAUCACGGUGAGCAUGAAAAAUAACAUCCUGAACAGCAUGAUUAAAGGAGGUCCGGCAACACGGAGUGCAGCGUUCCGCUUUGUGAGUGCACGAUUCGAUAAGGUUUCAAACAUGCUCAAUCAUGAGCUUUCGGCGAUGUUUAACGCUCUAGGUGACAGUGUUAACUCUCCAAGGGAGUACGAUAUGCUGAAAGAGCUCAUACAUACUCACCAAACAUCCUUGAAUCCUUCAUCGAUGCAGGCAGCAACUCGUGCUCUUGCACAGGCAGAAGAAAAUCUGCACUGGAUCGCGAAACAUUCUGGCGUUAUUGCAAAAUGGCUUGUUGAGCAAAACUUUGAAGGUGACGACGACGAUGACAGCGGUGCAGAGGCUAUUACUUCUGAAGCAGGUUUGUUCGUGCUGUUAGGGAUUAUAUCAAUUUCACUGCAGAUGACACUAUUUCGGUUGCGCGUGACGCAGUCCCCAAUUAGGUACAGUCCUAUAAAGAUGUCCCGUACUGCGCUAACCUUGGCCGCCUUUUGGCUGCCAUUAAUUCUUGCAUCUGCUCCGGUGGAAAUAGUGGAAAAAGUACCAACCAGUCGUGAUACGCAUGAUGACAGUCGCUACCUGUUACCGAAAGUGUCAGAACCGAUCAAUUACAACCUUUUCCUGGACAUUACAAACUACGAUUUCUACUCGUACAACGGAACGGUAGAGAUAACAUUUCGCUAUACAGGCGAUCAGAACCAUUUUUAUCUGAACAAUGAUGGGCUGGUGAUCGCGACCGAAAGCAUUAAGGUGACCGGGCCGGACGGUACCGAUGUACCAGUUGCAAAUGUAAUAUACAUGGAGGAGUUUGAGCAAAUAUAUUUUGGCUUCAGAGAUCGGCUGCAGACGGGGGAGCAGUACAAGAUUGCAAUAAGCUUCCAGAACAAUAUUGGCACUGAACUGAAAGGAUUGUACAGAAGUAGCUACCUGGCUGGGAACACAACAAGAUAUCUUGCUACAACCCAUUUCGAGUCAACGUAUGCUAGGAGCGUAUUUCCAUGCUACGAUGAACCAUCGUACAAGGCCACGUUCAACGUAAAGAUUCGUCAUCGGUCCGAGUAUAGAGCCCUGUCUAAUAUGCCAGCAAUAAAUAGCGUAACGGUAGGAGACUAUACGGAAACAACGUUCGACACUACACCUCUAAUGUCCACCUAUUUGUUGGCUUUUGUCAUCUCCGACUUUAAAACGUUAUCUCACGAAUCCGACCGAUUUAGAGUGUUUGCUGCAGAAAGCAAGGUAGCUCACACUGGGUAUGCGCUGGAGUUUCUUGGCAACUCGUUACGCACACUCGAAAACUUUUUUGGACGCCAGUAUCAGCUGCCGAAAGUAGAUCUCAUCGCUAUACCCGAUUUUGCGAUGGGUGCCAUGGAAAACUGGGGCCUGAUAACGUUUCGGGAGCAGUACUUAAUCUAUGAGGAAGGUGUAACGACAGCUCGUACGAAGCAAAACAUUGCUGAUCUCAUUACGCACGAGCUAACGCACAUGUGGUUCGGUAACGAGGUUACUCCCGAGUGGUGGACGUACUUAUGGUUGAGCGAAGGCUUUGCUAGAUACUUUGAAUACUACAUAACAUCACAGCUCGAGCCUACUUGGAACCUCUGGCAGCAGUUCAUCGUGAACAAUGUACACUCGGCGCUGUCACAAGACUGUAACAGCAACAAUCGAAUGAUGAGUUACUAUGCAACGGAUCCAGCGGUACUAAAUGACCUGUUUGAUUACGUCGUGUACGCAAAGAGUGCUUCCGUUAUACGGAUGAUACAGAACGUGAUUGGCUUCGAUACUUUCAGGCAGUCUCUUAACGAUUACUUACGAUCACGUAGUUAUCUCACAACGAGGCCGCAGUAUCUGUAUACCAGCAUUGAAAAGUUCCUUAUAGUCAAUCUUCCGGCCAGUGUUGAGAUCAUCGUCGAAAGCUGGGCCAAUACGCCAGGCUAUCCCGUUGUAACGGUGUCUAUCGAUCGAACCACACGAACACUCACUGCAUCUCAGAAGCGCUUUUGGAUGCCGAACGAGAUCGAUACGCCACCCCAAAACAUGUUGUUUUAUAUUCCCGUGAACUACGGCUCCAAUGUACCCACGUCGACCGACUUCGAAGAUACAACGCCUACAUUCUGGCUGACACCGCAGGAUCCUACGGCAACCGUUACCCUUGAAGCGGGAGUCGAGUGGGUCGUAGUCAACAAACAGCAGACGGGGUACUAUCGUGUGAACUACGACGAUGAAAGCUGGCAUAAACUGAUUGAGGUACUAAAUAGUGAUCAGUUUGAGGAUCAGCUGCCCGUAAUCAAUCGAGCACAGCUAGUAGACGAUGUGGCCAACCUUGCUCGGGCAGGUGAAGUGGGAUACGAUGUAGCACUGUCCCUGAUGCAGUAUCUGGAGCGUGAAACGGAAUACAUCCCAUGGGCCACGGCGUACAAUGCGUUGCUACAUCUAGAUCGGAUGUUCUCUAGCCACAAAGAGUACAGUCGGUUUGAAACUUUCCUACGUACCAUCACAGGUUGCAUGUAUGAAAACAUUCUACUAACUGGUCCGAUGGAUCAAAUCAGCCGACUACAUCGCGGGAAUACAGUGUACUUAGCAUGCUACUCUGGGGUGAAGAAAUGUUUGGAUGACGCGCACGUACUAGCCAAUAAAGCUGUCCAGGAUUCAUCGUUCACCAUACCUGAAGAAGUACAAACGACAGUGUUCUGUGCUUUGCACAAGUAUCCAAGCGCAACUUUCAACGCCCAGACCGAUUUAUUUGAAAAAUAUGUGAGAACAGCCAAUAGUCCUGAGGAUUUGGAUAUGAUUAACCGGUUCCUGGCAAGCGUGGGAUGCGCUCGUAACGAAACUAUCAUGGAAUAUUACCUCACGCUUUCGGCAUAUAAUUAUCCGGGGCUUCCCGUGACGGCCGGACAAAGGAGCCAAAUCUAUCUCGGGCUAAUCAACGGUAGCCCUGGAACGCGCCAGGCCGCAUUGCAGUACUUAUACGAGCAUUUUUCGACCGUCACAUACUUGCUGACCUCCGUGACCCCGAUCUUCACUGAGUUGGGCAAUCGUAUCAAUACGCGAUUACAGCACGAAGUGCUUAAAAACAUUGUGGACGAGUACGGACACAUGUUGACAACGGCAGCGAGAGCCGCCGCAGAUGCAGCCCUUGUGAAAGCUGAACAAAACAUUCGCUGGAUAGAGAAACACGCUGAAAGCAUCACUUCCUGGUUGGUGGAGCAGGACUAUGAGGGAACUACUGUGCAGCCACCCGAUGGUGGAGCUGUUGCUUAUUCCGUAGGUAUAGCUGUUGCAUUCGGAUGUGCAAUUUUGCAGAUUUCGUCAAAUGUGUUGAUUCGUUAAAUAUGUUAUUCAGCGUGUAAAUAAAAUAUUCUGUAACAGCACCA